AUGGCGCCUGAGCCAAGUGUUCGUUCUCGUCGACAUCGCAGUCAGACACGUGGUCAGUCACGACCGCGUCAUCCUGAGCCGAAUUCGCCUUUUUGUGAGCCUUCACAUCGACGACCUCAGCAUGACCCCAUGCGACAUCAUUCCUCACCUACGCGUGGACGUGCAGACCCCACAGACGUGAGUUUACGGGAACGGCAGAAACAACGCAAACAAGCGCGUUCCAAAUCAAGGCCUGCUCCAGGUACUCGUGAUAGUCGCGAUAGACCCAGUAUCAAACGUGCACGCGUUCGUUUUAGUAUGAUUGAAUUGGGCAGCGCAGCAGAGACGCUGACGACCAAAGGAACAUGCAGUGGCUUUCUUCGUAAACAGGCAGACAAUGAACCGGGAGCUUGGAAUCAAUACUAUUUUGUGGUCAAACCGCUCACUUAUCUUUUCUACUACAACUCGAAAGACGACGAGACCCCACGAGGGAUCAUUGAUCUCGAGUAUUUGACAGACAUCAAACGCAAUGCAGACUGUCUACAGCGUGCAGUAGGGGGAGGAGAUAACUGCUUUCGAGUGUCGGGCAAACUGCCACCAUUAACUGCAGAGCAGAUUGCAUCAGGUGAUGCCCCGAAGAUGCGUCCUCUGUAUCUGGACACGGAAGAUGACGAUAAGGCGAAAGAGUGGAUGAAUGCGAUUCGCAAUCACCGUUUUAGUUUGAAAAAAGAUGAACAUUUUUUUAAGAUGAUGCACCAGCUCCGUGAUGCUAAUCUUCGAAUUUCGCAGCUUGAGGAGACGCAGCAAAGAGAGGCCGAAAGGAAGCGGUUCUUACGCAUUAAAGCCAAGACACUGCUGCAAAAGAUGCGUGCGAUUGACAGUGGUAACAUGGAUGAAAUGCCUGAAGCAGAAAUUGAUUUGGACGACAUUGCGGAUGAUAUGCUGGCUAUGCUAGAGGGGAUGGAGGACGUACUAGUGAAUCUCCAAAUGAAGUUGGAUCAGCUCACUCAGAUGAAAUCUGAUAAAGCAGCGACGACGAGCUCACGCCGAGGCUUCACACAGGUGCUUCAGCGCGCCGUUUCCAGGCGCGAUAAUACUAGUAUUUUGGAGAUACCGGAACACGAGGAAGAGGAAACUCUUGCUGCAAUUAGAAGCAGGAGACAACGCAACCUUGUCGAUCAAUUAGCAGUAAUCAAGGAAAAGCCGAGCGAGAAGCUAAGGGAGAAACCUCAGGUGAAAGUUCAAGAGAAACCUUUGGCAAAAGCUCAGGAGAAACCUCUGGUGAAAGCUCAGGAGAAACCUCAGGCGAAAGUUCAGGAGAAACCUCAGGCGAAAGUUCAGGAGAAACCUCAGGUGAAGGUUCAGGAGAAACCUCAGGUGAAGGUUCAGGAGAAACCUCAAGUGAAACCUCAGGAGCAGCCCAGGGAGAAGAUUAAAGAGAUAGCUCAGGAGCUGCCAAGGGACAAGAUUAAAGAGAAACCUUUAGAGGAGCUCCCAGCAUCUGUGGACAAUGUGUCGGAUGUGCUUGCAAUGUGGAAAGCAAAAAAGAAAAAGAGCUCGUCUUCGACGAAGCAGCCUGCAGCCGAGGACGGCGAUAGUUCUAGGAAGAACAGUAAAUACCAGUCUGUGCGAGGUGCGAUGGUGGCACCGGAGACUGGCUCGGCUCGCAAGCAUACGGCAAUACAAAAGAGCCGUGACGGUGAGAGUUUGUCGGAAGAAGACACGGCGUCACUAUAUUCGACGGAAGACGGCGAGUCUGGGGAGAAGUUGCCCCCCGGCUGGACAAAGCACGAGAGCCGUGGAUACCCUGGUACCUACUACUACGCGAACGAAGAUGGUAAAGUUAGCUGGGACGUACCAACCGACGACAUGGCUAGCAACGACCGCGGAAAAAAAGACCACAGUGACGAUCGCCAUAGCGAUGAUCACCACAACAGCGAUCGUUGCGAUCAUAGCGAUCAUAGCGAUCUCGAUGACGACGCGAACGAAGAUUAUGGACAUCACAUUGGCCACAAUGAUCCAGAGGAAGACGAGGCCGACAUUUGUCCUGACACUAGCGUCGACACGAGCAGUGAAUAUCUAAGCGAGACCGAAGCGGAUGAAGAGACUGCUGGUGGCACCACGUCGGCUGCAUACCGGAAACAAAAGCCGAAACCCAAGUCAGCAUGGGCCUUUAAACUGCCAAAGCUGUUACCGACAACGACAACUAAUAUGCAAACGGCUGCACCUGAGGUACCUGCGUCUGUGUCUCCCAUCCGUCACGGUGCUAACCAUCAUGAAUUUUAA